AUGAUUUAUAAUAGAAAAGAGAAAUAACAUAGAUAUAGAAAAUUUGUGAUUGAAGAGUUUAUAAAUACAGAAAGAAAUUAUGUACAUGACUUAAAAAUUCUAAUUGUUGUCUAAAGUUAAGUUAAGCAAUGGUUAAAUAAGCAAUAAAUUGAAAUAAUAUUUAAUAAUCUCCAAUAAUUGUAUGAAUUAAAUAGCCCUUUUCUUUAAGAUUUAGAAGGAUUUCUUCCAUAUAAAAGAUUUAAAUUAUUAGGACCUAUGAUCAAAGGAUUAGCUCCUUUUUUUAAAGUUUAUUUCACAUAUUAUGAAGGAUUUAAUAAAUCUUUGACAACCCUUAAAUAAUGUAUAAACGAUAAAGAAGAUUUUAGAAAAUUCCUUAAAAAUAUGACUGAAUUAAAGGAAUAUAAUUAUUAAGAUAUUGAAAGCUAUUUGAUUAAACCAGUCUAAAGAAUUCCAAAAUACAAUUUAUUAUUAGAAGACCUAAUAAAACAUACUGAAAAUACACAUCCAGAUUAUUAAAAUUUACGUGAUUGUUUGUAACUAUUUAAAAAAAUUAAUGAUGAUAAUAACAAAAAUUUGGAUUAAUUUCUAUCAAGUAAGUUGUUUGACAUGGAGAAAUGGUUUGGAAAUAAGCUUAAUUAGAAAUUAGUAAAUUCUAAAAGGAAAUACAUCACAGAACUUUUAACAACUAUUUUAGAUUAAAAUAAUAGAGUUAUUAAUGUUACAGCUUUUAUUUUAAGUGAUUUAAUUAUUAUUGGAGAAAGAUAUGAUAAUUAAUAUCAAUAUGUUUAGAGUGUGUUUUUGGAUGAAAGAAGUGGAUGCUUAGAUGUACAAAAUCAAUAACAUCUAUAAAAUAUUUAUAUUCUUUAAGGAAUGAAUGGUUAAUCAAUUACAUUUAUAGAAGAGACACCAAAUGAUAAAAUUGAAAAAAUGGCUAAAUUACAAAAGAUUAUUUAAGAGUGUAAAGAAAAAUCUAAAUACACAUUUUAAAGGCAAGCAUCUCGUCAAGGAUCUGAGAUAAAAGUAUAAUUAAAUAAGAUUAAAGUAACUGCUUUAGGUCUUGAUGAAAGACAUGAAAAUUUAAGUAGUUAUAAAGUAUAUAUAAUUGAAGUUGGAAUUGAUGAAGUUUUUUAGAAACUAUUUUUAAGAUUUAGUUAAUGUAUUAAGAUCUAAGAUUAUAUUAAAAAGAAAUAUCCAACAAUCUAAUUACAUUUCUUAAAAUAAAGUACAACAUUAAGUUUAUUGAAUGAUUAAAAAGAAAUUGAAUCAAGAAUGAUAUCAAUACCUCUGUUUGUUUAAUCAGUUCUAAUGUCAGAAAUAACAAGACAAGAUUCAUAAAUUUUGAAAGACUUAGGUUUACCUGAGAAUUUCUAUGAUUUACCUUCUGAAGCUGAUAAAUUUAGAACUUAAAGAAAUGUUGCUCAAAGAGGACCUGAUAGAUUCAGUUAUGUUUCUCCAACUAGAACAUUAAUAAAAACUGUUGACUAUGGAAAUGAUUAACAAUCUAUUUAGAGUAAUUAAUGUAAUCGAAGAUUAUUAAGUGCAUCAUCUAUGAUAAGCAGAAACAUUACAUUAGUAGAGGAAAAGAAAAAGAAAAAAGAGAAGGAUGCAAUAUAAAUAAUAGUAAAUCAUUCUAUACCUAAAGAGAAACCAUGGGAGUUCAAUAUACAGAAUAAUACUAAAGUUUUGCAUGUAUUAGAUCAGAUUUAGAAGAUUAUGGAAUUGUAAUAAAUUUACGACUUUAAAUUAUACAUAUUUGAUAAUAAAUCUAGAGUUAAGAUAUUACAAAAUGAUGAAAAUAUAUGUGAUUUGUUUGGAGAUAGUUUUAUUUUUGCUAAAAAAAAAAAAGAACUUUGGUUCAAAAAGUUUUUAUAUUAGGAUUAAGAAUAUGAGAAAACCUUACUCUAUGCUGAUAAUGCUAGGAUGAAACUCUUGUAUUACUAAUUAGUAAAAGAUAUUUAGAUUUCAACAUUCCCAUUUUCAACUUAAAAUUAAUAUAUCAAAUUAGCCGCCAUACAUUUAUAUUUAUAGAAUUGCAGUCUCUCAUAUGAUAUCAUUCAAUAAAUCAUUCCAUCUGCUAUUUUAUAGCUAAAACAAAGAGAGUAUUGGAAUUGUGUUGUAGCCCAAGAAUUUAAAGACUUUAAAGCUAGUAUAGACAAUACAUAAUCUACAAUGGUUGAAAUCAAUGAACCUGAGGAUAUAGUUAAAGUUAAAUCAAAAGGUAUAUUUUCAUCUUUUGUUUAAUCUACAUAAACACAAUUCUCCUAAAUUGAAAAUAUUAAUAUUGAUUCAACUAAAGCAAUGAUUCAAUUUAUUACAGAAUGCUUGAGAAAUGAUUUCUGCAUUUAAUAAUUGUUUCAAGUAGUGUGCAAAGAGGCAUUGUCAUAAUUUGGGGAAUAGAACUUAGUUUUGGGAGUUAGUUAUAAUGGAAUUAGACUUUAUAGUAGUUCUAAAGAUAGAAUAUGGGAGAAAAUUGAAGAACCCUAAUCAUUUAAUGUAUUUCCAGGGUCCAUAGAAAUUGGAUUUAAGGGAAGAAAGCUGAAGUUUGAAACCACAUAAGGAUUUUAAAUAUAAUCUUUAUUUGAUGAAUAUUAAGCUAUCAAAUCAUCGAAUUAAGAAUGA